CCAAUGGAAAUCUUAAUAUUUAACUCAAUCUUAAUUCCAAUCCCAAAUACCAAGUAACCAAAAGAAAGAGGAAAUCUUAAUAUUUCUACCUCCUCACACUCUCUUCACUCUUAGGCCACUUUCACUAUUUCGACAAUACAGAAAGAAGAGGCCUGAUUCUAUACAGAGUUGGCAUUGGUAUCUAAAAUGGCUGGUCAUGAAGAGAAGACUGUUACUUCUGAUGCCAAAGCAGGGAAUAUGAUUUUUGAGCCUAUCCUGGAGGAUGGAGUUUUUCGAUUUGAUUGCUCAUAUCCCAGUCUUUCAUUCAUCACUACUAAGGAUAGGGACACACCAAUCAUCAGUCAUCCAGUUCCCUCAUAUAUCCCUACUUUUGAAUGUGUUUUAGGAAAGCAGAUUGUCAAACUUGAGCUUCCCACUGGUACUUCCUUCUAUGGAACUGGAGAAGUUAGUGGACCACUUGAGCGGACAGGGAAGAGAGUUUUCACAUGGAACACAGAUUCAUAUGGUUAUGGUCCUGAAACUAUGCCCUUGUAUCAAUCACAUCCUUGGGUGCUAGCUAUUCUUCCAAAUGGAGAGGCACUAGGAGUUCUUGCUGACACAACACAACGUUGUGAGAUUGAUUUGAGGAAGGAAUCAAUUAUUCAAUUCAUUGCUUCAGCCUCAUAUCCUGUCAUUACAUUUGGUCCGUUUGCUUCUCCCACUGCUGUCCUGAAAUCUUUAUCUCAUGCAAUUGGAACUGUUUUUAUGCCUCCAAAGUGGGCCUUAGGUUAUCAACAAUGCCGUUGGAGCUAUAAUUCUGAUAAAAGAGUUCGUGAGAUUGCCGAAACAUUUAGGAAGAAGGGCAUUCCUUGUGAUGUCAUAUGGAUGGACAUUGACUACAUGGAUGGUUUUCGCUGUUUCACAUUUGACCAGGAACGUUUUCCAGAUCCACAAUCUUUGGUGAAAGAUCUCAAUGAUAUGGGUUUUAAAGCAACUUGGAUGCUUGACCCUGGUAUCAAAUGUGAAGAAGGUUAUUUUGUGUAUGAUAGUGGUUCUGAAAGUGAUGUUUGGGUUCAAAGAGCAGAUGGAAGACCAUUUAUUGGGGAGGUGUGGCCUGGGCCUUGUGUUUUCCCUGACUUCACACAAUCAAAGGUUCGCUCUUGGUGGGCUAGUUUAGUUAAAGAUUUCAUUCCUAAUGGCGUUGAUGGCAUAUGGAAUGAUAUGAAUGAGCCGGCUGUUUUUAAGGUAGCAACAAAGACAAUGCCUGAAAGCAAUAUUCAUCGAGGAGAUGAUGAACUUGGGGGUUGUCAGGAGCACUCAUACUAUCACAAUGUAUUUGGCAUGCUGAUGGCAAGAUCAACAUUUGAAGGCAUGAAAUUAGCCAAUGAAAAUAAGCGUCCCUUUGUUCUUACUAGGGCUGGAUUUAUUGGCAGUCAAAAGUAUGCUGCAACAUGGACAGGAGACAACGUUUCAAAUUGGGAGCAUCUGCACAUGUCCAUCUCCAUGGUUCUUCAAUUGGGACUCAGUGGUCAACCAUUUUCAGGACCUGAUAUUGGCGGAUUUGUUGAAAAUGCAACGCCUAAGCUUUUUGGAAGGUGGAUGGGCGUCGGUGCAAUGUUUCCUUUCUGUCGUGGGCAUUCUAAAAAAGGCUCUUUUGACCAUGAGCCAUGGUCUUUUGGAGAUGAGUGUGAAGAAGUUUGUCGUCGGGCUUUGAAGAGACGUUAUCGCCUUAUACCACACUUAUAUACUCUGUUUUAUGAUGCUCAUAUAAUGGGUACACCAGUGAUGACUCCUACCUUCUUCGCUGAUCCAACAAAUCCUAGCUUAAGGACCAUUGAAAAUUCCUUCCUUUUGGGUCCACUUCUGGUUUAUGCAAGCACUAUUCCUGAUCAGGGAACAGAAGAAUCACAGCAUGAACUGCCUAAAGGAAUCUGGUUGAGAUUUGAUUUUGAUGAUUCACAUCCGGAUUUGCCAACUUUAUACUUGCAAGGUGGAUCAAUAAUUCCUUUGGGGCCCCCUCAUCAGCAUGUUGGUGAAGCUAAUUUUUCUGAUGACUUGACGCUGGUUGUAGCUUUAGAUGAAAAAGGGCAAGCUAAAGGUGUAUUAUUUGAAGAUGAUGGUGAUGGAUAUGAAUUCACCAAGGGUGGAUAUUUGCUUACACAUUAUGUUGCUGAACGUCGAUAUUCAGUCAUUAUUGUUAGAGUUUCGAAAACAGAAGGGUCUUGGAAGAGGCCCAAAAGACGCCUGCAAGUGCUAUUAUUGCUUGGUGAAGGUGCAAUGAUUAAAGCAUGGGGCAUGGAUGGAGGUUUUGUGAUAAUUUGGAUGCCUUCAGAACUUGAUGUUUCUGAGUUGGUAUCAACAAGCGAGAAACAUUAUAAGACUCGUUUAGAAGGUUCUAAGCAUAUCCCAGAUGUUGAAGACAUUUCAGGAUCAAAGGGUGUAGAGCUUUCUAGAAUCGCUAUUGAACUGAAAUGUGGUGAUUGGAUUGUUAAAAUAGUUCCCUGGAUUGGGGGUAGAAUUAUUUCCAUGGGGCACCUUCCUUCAGGAACACAGUGGCUUCAUAGCAGAAUUGAGAUUGAUGGAUAUGAAGAAUAUAGUGGCACUGAGUACCCGUCAGCAGGAUGCUAUGAAGAAUACAACAUCAUUGAGCGGGAUUUUGAGCAUGCAGGAGAGAAUGAAUCUCUGAUAUUAGAAGGUGAUAUUGGUGGGGGAUUGGUUCUUCAACGGAAGAUAUCUAUUCGAAAAGAUGAUCCAAAGAUUCUUCAUAUCGACUCUAGCAUUAUAGCCCAAAAAGUAGGAGCUGGUUCAGGUGGAUUUUCAAGGCUGGUUUGCUUGAGAGUACAUCCAACCUUUAUUGUCUUACAUCCCAUGGAAACUUUUGUCUCAUUCACUUCUAUUGAUGGAUCGAAGCAUGAAAUUCAGCCUGAAUCUGGAGAUCGAUUUUAUGAAGGGAAUCUUUUGCCAAACGGAGAAUGGAUGCUUGUUGAUAAAUGUCUUGGUAUUGCGUUAGUCAACCAAUUUAAUGUCAAUGAGGUCUGUAAGUGUUUCAUCCACUGGGGAACUGGAACAGUUAAUCUGGAGCUGUGGUCUGAAGAUAGGCCUGUUUCAAGGCACUCUCCUCUCAUAAUUUCCCAUCAAUAUGAAGUUAGAGGAACCUCUUAGUUGCUUGUAUUAUCAAUUGUACUUGUAAAACUUCUGUCAGAAUAAGCUGUGUGCUAUAACACUAUGCAACUUGGAAUUCUAUUAUACAACCAGAAACUACUAAGUAUGUGUGUGGAACUUUUGGGGAUUACCCAAAGAGAUUGCUUUAUCUACAAACAUUUGGAUUUCUAGCA